UCCCGUGCAUGCGAGCGGAGCCCGCGGGCGCAACUUUCCGCGCGGCUCCUGCUGCAGGGAGAGGGCGGCAGUAAUCUCUGCACCUUGCCCUCGGGGAUUAUAGCAGGGGCGGCCCUGCCCACGGCGGCUGCUCCGCGCUGGGACCCGGGGUCGUCGUCUGUGGAGUGGGCGCUGGACCGGGGCAGGGGGAGGCAUGAUCUGAUCCGGAGCCCGGGCGCCGCUUUGGGUCCGUUCGGCCGGCUGCCUCCACCUCUCGCUGUGCAGCAGCCGCAGCCGGUGUCCGCUAUGGAGCGCCAGGUGUGACAGAGGCGUUAGACGAGGUGGACACUUGUGAGUGGAGGACGAGGCGUGAGUGUCCGUGACCAGUGGAAUGGAGGCCUGAUGUAAAUGCAAACAUGGAUGAAGAGGAAGCACUUAACUCUAUUAUGAAGGAUCUGGCAGCACUGGGCAAAUGCGGGGGACUGCUGGACAGCAACAGGAACAAAGCCAGCGUUCACUCCAACAAACAGCAGCGGAAUGCCAGGAUCAAGUUUGAAUAUGAUGGCGAGAAAAGGAUUCUCCAGUUUCCAAGACCAGUCAAAUUCAAAGAAGUGCUACAGAAAGUCAUGGAUGCUUUUGGACAGAUGAUGGAUUUGCACUAUGCAAACAAUGAGCUCCUGAUCCCACUGAAAUCCCAGGAAGACUUGGACCGAGCAGUGGAGCAUUUGGACCUUAGCCCUUCUCUGAAGAGCCUGAGGGUGUUUGUGAAGGCUCCAAGGAAAGCAAACUUCCUCCAGCCCAACAACAGUAAGCAGCAUGAGAUGAGAAUAUCCAAAUCCAUGGGCGACAUCAUGGGGUCCCUUUAUAAAGACGCUGAGAGGACGCGGAAGUAUUCAACAGGUUCCCUGCACACGGGCCGGAGUUCUCCACCCCCGGGGAGCGUUCCUGAAGAACAGCAGCAGAUCGCUCGGCAGGGCUCCUACACCAGUAUUAACAGCGAAGGGGAGUUCAUCCCUGAGACUAUGGACCAGAAUAUGCUUGAACCUUUCAUCAGUCCUGAUGAGUCACUCUCUGGGAGCUGCCAGUCCCUGGAAAGAUCUAUAGACAGCCCGCCCUUUACCCAAACCCCUGUUCCCAGAAGGAAGAGCCAACCCAAAGACAGUCUUGAUUGCCUGGAUUUCGAUAUCCCAUUUUGUGAGCGAUUCGGGAAAGGUGGGACCUUCCCCAGACAAUAUCAUCUUUCCCAGAGCCGCAAGGACUAUAGCGACGGCCGAAGGACUUUCCCAAGAAGUUACAUCCCUCAGGAGAAUCGGUUUCAGCUCGUCCCUUCCAGCAGAACAAAGAGCUUCAACGGGGACAGCAAGCUCCUCACCUUACAGUACGAGGAGCACAGGACCAAAUGGUGGAUCAACUGUGACAAGGGACUGCAGGUUUUCAGCACGUCCCCCAGCAAGUCCAGGAACUCCCUGCAGGCGCCAGUGAACUGGAGGUUGGGGAAGCUCCUUGGCAGAGGGGCCUUCGGAGAGGUUUAUCUCUGCUACGACGCAGACACUGGCAGGGAGUUGUCGGUGAAGCAGGUGCCCUUUGACCCAGAUAGUCAAGAGACGAGCAAGGAGGUAAAUGCCUUAGAAUGUGAGAUCCAGCUGUUGAAGACCCUUCGCCAUGACAGGAUAGUCCAGUAUUACGGUUGCUUGCGGGAUCCGGAGGAGAGGAAGUUGUCUAUCUUUGUGGAAUACAUGCCAGGGGGAUCCAUAAAGGACCAAUUAAAAGCAUAUGGUGCUCUGACCGAGAACGUCACCCGGAAGUACACCAGGCAGAUUCUGCAGGGAGUCUUCUAUUUACACAGCAAUAUGAUUGUCCACAGGGAUAUUAAAGGUGCCAACAUUUUGCGAGAUUCUGCUGGGAAUGUGAAAUUAGGAGAUUUUGGAGCCAGCAAACGCAUCCAGACCAUCUGCAUGUCUGGAACGGGAAUUAAAUCGGUCACCGGAACGCCGUACUGGAUGAGCCCAGAGGUGAUCAGUGGAGAAGGCUAUGGAAGGAAAGCUGACGUGUGGAGCGUUGGCUGCACUGUGGUGGAGAUGUUAACAGAAAAGCCACCCUGGGCGGAAUUUGAAGCCAUGGCGGCCAUUUUCAAAAUUGCCACCCAGCCGACCAAGCCCCAGCUCCCAGUCGGUGUCUCUGACUCCUGCCGCAACUUCCUCAAGCAGAUCUUUGUGGAGGAGAAGCGGAGGCCCACAGCAGAGGACCUGCUGAGACAUUCAUUCAUGAACUGCAGCCUCUAGUCCCUUGCAGUGGGUUAGGGGAAAUGCAGGUGAAAGAUAAAAGGAAAUUGGGGGUGGGGGGUUUAAAAAACAGACCCACAGACCUUUGCGCUCUGAAAUGCAGACCUCAGCCUGGGUUGUGAUCCUUCGCUCCUCAUUGUAAGCUAGGGGGCCAGUGUCGGUUUUCCUUUGUAAGCUGCACUUAUGACCAUCUAACUGUGGAGACAGGUGGCUGUCACCAUGUUUGGGGCUGGAGGGAGUUUGGAAUUGGGGAUCAUCCUUGGAACACAUCUCCAUCGAUGCUAGGGGCAAACUCGCCCCCCCACCCCCGUUAUUGAUUGGAUGUCUUGUAGCAGAGGAGCUGGGAGUAGUAACUCCCUUGCCUCAUUGGAAUGAUGGAACGAACUCUGGCACCCCCUGCUGGCUGUGAAAGCAGCACUGGCAACAUCCCACAAGGAAGCUGUCUCUCUUCAGCAGGGUAGCAGCAGUGGCUGCCGUUUACAGCUUGACAGACACCGAGAGGUAUUCAGGCAUGAAGCAAAGGGAAACAAACCCAGGACCAAAGAAUGAUCGGCAUAGGUGUGUCGUUCGUGUCAAAGGGGGAAAGCAAUCUUCUUGUGGGGUUGGAGAUGGGAGGCAACAUCCAUAGCAACAUCUCCAGCCCUUCAGAGGGGAGGAUUCGGGUUGUUUUGUGCCUUAGGUGGUUACAGUGGAGUGAGAGCCUCAUUCAGCACAAGGUAUCCAGUCAAAGACGUGACUACAAUGCAGUCAUGCUGAGUCGGCGUUCUUGUACCUGUAAAAUUGCAUAAGUGCAAGGCAUUCUUCUUCUCUGGAUACAAUAAGGUCCCUGUAGGUUAUUCUUUGGUAAAGCUGGCCACAGGACCUUUGUGUGUUCAUUCACUGUUCAGCGGAUAAGUGUGUCUAUAUGAUGCUGAUGCCAGUGGCACCCUCAGCUCAGCACAAGCUUGUUCUUCAGCACCUGAUCCUGUUCCCGCUGAAACGGUCACUGCUCGCCCAAGCCCUGCCUCCUCCCCAACUGAUCAAGUUGACGAGCAAACAGGACAAAUGCCCAUUUUAGUCAGUCAGGAUGGCUGGGACAGGGCUUAAAAAAGGGUCUGUCCUAGCCAAAACAGGACACGUGGUCACCCUAUCACUCCUUGCCCCAUUAGGGAAGUGAGGUGUGCCAGCCCUUUUCCUGGCACAGUUGCCUUCCCCCUCCAUGUUGGCUCAGGAGUGUUUCAGGAGUGGAGUCAAGUCUCUGCCCACCUGUGUGGGAGGGGGAGGAGCAGCCUCUCAGCAACACACGCACACAACCCUCAUCCACUGAUUUUAAUGGGAACGGAACAGGUGAGGGUGUAAGUAACUGUUUUCUCAUAUCCCUAGCUGUGCCAGCCUGUGACCAGUUCCAAUAUGCUGCUAACGAAGGGUCCAGCCUGCAGAGCGCCGAGCGCCUUCAGCUCUGUCCCUUGUAGGAUCAGGCCCUAGAUGACGCUGCAGAGCAUCAAGUGUAGAAAAGCCAUGCGGGAGGUGGAAUUCACCCCAGUGCACAGAACUAGCACGAGGGCUUGGCACCUCUCAAGGCCUCAAAAGGGGACAUUUGUGGGACUUCAGUGAUACAUAGACUCUGUGCAGGGGCUGUGUGGAGGGGCAUAUUUCGUCCUGAGGCCAGGUCUAGACUACAGACCUAUAUUGGUAUAAGUACGUCGCACAGGGGUGUGAAAAGUCCAUACCCCUGAGUGAAGUAGUUAUGCCAGCCUACCCCAGCCCCAUGUAGACAGUGGUGGGUCGAUGGGAGAGCUUCGUCCACCAACAUAGCUACAAGGUGGAUUAACUACGCCAAGGAGAGAAGCUUUCCUGUUGGCACAGUAGUGUCUUCACUAAAGCGCUACAGUGGUGCAGCUGCUUUGGGUUUUAUGGAAAUGUAAUGGGGAUCCGUACGAAGGACUCUGAGUGCUCCUAGAGCCUGAUUCUUAUCAGGAACAAACUCCAGAGACUUCAAUGAAGUUACACCGGAGCAGAAUCCUGCCCAUAGAACUGAACAGAGAAUAUCAUUCUGGAGGCUUCUGCGGGAGGAACAUAGGCCCUGAUUCUGCACCACAGAAAUCAGGGAGAGUUGUGCUGUUAAACUUCAAUGGGAAUGGGAUCGAGCCCCUAGUUCUCUAUUAAAUUCUGUCAGAUGGCUCAAAAAGUCUUUAUUAUUAUUAUUAUUAUUAUUUAUUUAUAUUCCCAUACUGCUCAGGAGCUCCAGGCCUGGGUCAGGGUCCCAUUUGCUAGGUGCUUUUAUCACUCUGUUAUAGUCAGUAGGACUUUCCAUAAAGAGAGAGUUUAAAGGAUUAUUAGGAAAAUGUAAAAAUGUUUUAAAUUAUUUUGAAUCUGACAAUUUCCCCAUUCGCUGGCCUGAUUUUAAAAAACAAAUUGUCCUCAAUCUCUUUUUUAAUUAAUUGAGAACAAAAUCUGACUCCUAGCCAGUCCAUCUGGAUUUGAUUCUCGGUCUCUCAGAGGGCCGGUAGGGUAAUGUUGACCAUAGGCGCUGAACUAUGAGCAAUGUGAUGCCGUGCAUGGGUAGGGCUGAAAUGUGACCUACUUUUAAAGAUCUGUUUGCAAGGUUCAUGGAACCCUUCUAAAUGCUGUUUCUAAACACAUUCCUCCAGGCUUCCUUUCUACCUGCAAGUCCAUUCCAGGGCUCGGUGCUUUGACUGAAACUUUGCUUCCGGACCAACUCAGCCAUGUGCUGCCCCGUAUGGCAGGCUGCAGUCACAAGUCAGUCCCACCUUAGGGUGACCAUAUUUCUCAAAGGGAAAACAGGACAUUGCGUGGGGCUAGACCCGACACCCCCUCCCCCCAAGACACCUCCCACAUGUGAGGCUAGGGCUGGCGUCACUGCUCGCCCAAGCCCUCCCCCCAACUGAUCAAGUUGAUGAGCAAAUGGGACAAAUGCCCAUUUUUGUCAGGAUGGUUGGGACAGGGCUGAAAAAAGGGUCUGUCCCGGCCAAAACAGGACACAUAGUCACCCUAUCACUCCUUGCCCCAUAAGGGAAGUGACCUGUGCCAGCCCUUUUCCUAGCACAGUUGCCUUCCCCCUCCAUGUUGGCUCAGUAGUGUUUCAGGGAGUGGAGUCAAGUCUCUGCCCAUCUGUGUGGAAGCGGGAGGCGCAGCCCCUCAGCAACUCCUCUGCGGGGAUGUAAGGAGGCAUCUGACACACAUAUGUACCUGCAUGGAUCAGCUUGACUGAGCCCUAUGAGAACAAAGCUGGGUAUACAUCCAUGAAGGGGAUGACAGACCCCUCGUUCCACUGCAGGCUGCUGAGAGGCUUAUUAUAAAUAGUGAGGGUGAAGGGAGAGCUUUUAAAACAUUAAAAGCUACUCUGACAGUAGCCAAAUUGUGCAGGUUCACCCUACUUCUGCUGAGAGAGAUCCCUAGGCUUGGAGGGCAGUUUUCUCUCCUGCCCUCCUUAAAUGAUUUUGUGUGGGCGAAACAUCCCCCUGUGAUGCCAUAGGGCAACCUGGUCAUGCCUCUUUGUUUGAUGUUUGCAGUCACCAGGCUUUGUCAUGAGGUGAUGUCCUGCAGCACAAAAGCUUGGCUAGCAUCCUGGGGCUGGCAGGGGUUCAGGUGUAGGAAUGUCAGUGGGCUCGAUCCUACAGGCCUUGCGCAAACAGAAACUGCCAGUAACUUUCCUAGGAGCGCUGUAUCAAGGGCCUGAUCCUGGGUCUCUUAUGCAGUGCUACCCUUAGGUUUAGUUCUGCAAGUGGAGAAGUUAUCUAACUCUAAAUGCAGCUAUGGCAUGUAAGGCAACACCCACAAGGCGCGAACUCUAUCCCCCUGUAUAGAGGGAGAGCACAAAACUCUCACACCACUUCACUCCAUGUAGGGCUUAUGUGGUGCAUGGCCCUGCACAGGAGUGAAUUUCAUCCGAGUGCCCCUCCUGACAGCCCUGGUCAUUGGGACCUUCCCUUGUCUGUGUCUGUGACUGUCUGGUAAAUCACUCCUCAGGUGCCUUUGCCCUUUUUUUAAAUGCCCUUGCAGUGUUUUGCUGUAUAAAAUAGAACGAGGGAAAGAGAAUGUAAUAUGAUUCCAUGUAUAUUUUUUUACAUGUAAGGAAUUGGAAAGUACAUUCAUCUAAUGUAUAGUAGAAGCAGUUCGCUCAUAUCAAAUCUUGCUCUUUUUUGGGGAAUAUUAUCAAUACUGUAUCAUGUAUAUGUAUUGUAAUUUUUUUCCUUAUCUAGGGAAAAGGCUCAAGUGUGAUAUUGUAUAUCAUCAGACUCUAUACUGUAGCCUAUAAAUCUGUAUAAUUCCUUCACACCAGGCCAAAUAUCAUUAGCCAGCAAGCUGUAUAUAAGAAAACAGUUGGGGAUAUAGAAAGCUGACUCAUGGAGGGUAAGAUUGAGGCCAUAAUUGGAACCAGAGGCCUUGUAUGAUUCAGCCUGCAGAGACGGCUAUAUUUUUUUUAUUCUUGAAAAAAAGUAACAUUGAGAGACUAUUUAAGCCAAUGAUUACUGGGUUUUGCUAGAAAUAAUGUAUUUGUUAAGGUCUGAGACUUGAAAAAAAUUUGUAUGCAUCACUCUGUCCAGUGCUUGACCAUUCCUGCAGUAUGGUAUGUCCCACCUUGCCCUAUAUGCACUAGUCCAGUUAGGGUUGUUGGAUGGGCAGGUCGUGAUCACCCCGGAGCUGGGAGACUAGGCUUUACUUGAAAAGAGAGCACCAUGCAGGGUAGAGUUUGGGAAUAGGGGAUCGUACUGUCCAUACAAGGACCAGAACUGAGACACUGUAACUACAGCUGUGUUUAAAUGUGUUGGGAGCAAAUCCUGUUCUCCAUUAUGCUGAUGUGAAUCCAGUCAGAUGCUUCAUAACUGAGAACUGAAUGUGGCCCACUUACUCUAGCUUAUUUGUUCCAUAUCUAUCUGCCUCAGUGGAUGUAUUUUCCAAACCAGCCCCUCUUCAAGGGCUACAGUCUGACUUUAGAAACAGUCCUGCACAAAGGCUGAUGCCUAAACUGCUUGCCCCCAGCAGUAGCUCCAGGAGGCAGUGUGACUCAGAGACAUGAUGCUGAGUCACAGUCUCUCCCCCCACUUCCUCCUUGCUCCGAGCUGGCCAUGAUUUCUGUGGGCCCACCCAUCCCUGCAAUACCUCUACCCAUGUUGGCGUGGCUGCCCUGGCCAGAGAUUAAUGGAAGAAGGGGAGUCAAGACUUAGCCUUUCCCCACCCACCUGCUCCAGGGAGGGAAUAAGCAGGUGAAUCAGGUCACUACAUCUUACUGCUGGCAACUCCGAUGAAACAGCGAUGGUUUAUUCACUGAAAAUGACACAUCAUGUAUUUUUGUAAUCCCAGCCAAUGCAACCGAGUUCUUCUUCCUUAUCCAGUGGGUUAGGCCUUUAUCCUGUAAAUAUAAUGAUACCCCCCACGUGGGCCAUCAGAACUCCUGUUACCGUCACUGGUAAAUGCAUGAGUUGCUGCUACCUGCGCUGAAGUAGUAACUCUAUUAGCAGCUGUAGUAGACUUUCAUCCUCUUUUGUGCAACAGCCAGUAGAGGGUGACAAAGACCCACGCUACCCAAGUGUGGGGUACUCGCUCAUGUUACACAAAUCAGCAAAACAGAAACUACGCAUGUGCUUUGUUGGAUUGGCUCCAGGAGUAACUUUACACAUGUAAGUAACGCCAUUAAAUGAGACCACUCGUGCCUAAAGUUACUCACAUGUUUUAAGUUUUUGCAGGAUUGAGGCUGGUGUUACAAAGCAAAUGCUUCAGGAGGCCAAGUUGUGUAAUGAAACUCGUUUGCAAAUUCCUGCCUUUUCAUUAGUCUGAUCAAAGAUGCUAUCACUGGUAUAGUACUCUUGCCUGGAAACGCAUAGAUACUCACUAUAGUAGCAGUACGGCAAGUGUCUUAGAAAUGAUUUCUACUUUGCAGGAAUUAGCCCAUAUGAAACAGAAGCUAAUACUGCAGGUUUGGAAAGCAGGACACCUUGUUGAAUGUACUUUGUAAAAUGCUGUAAAUGCUUUUCCCCGCUCCAUGCAUGAAAUUAAAUAUUUUUUAACUUUG